CCACACUCUUUAUUCGAAACGCUGUCUAAGCUGACAAUCUUAAAACAAAAUAUUUGUGCACCUGUUUGUCGGUAAUAAAUUUUUGAAUUUGACGAAAAUGUAUCAACAAAAUCGGAACUCCAGUGUUAAUAAACAAGCUGAUUAUUUGACUCGUCAACAUGAUUGGGCAGCUAUUAUGGAACAAUGGAUGUUAAAGACUGAAAGGUAUUCAAACAAUGAAGGCAUACCUCCGGCACCACUCCCACCAAAUAUUUCUUCCAUGUGCUAUUUCGAAGCAGAACCCACCCGAGAUGAGACAAAAGUUAACAACGACCGUGAUCGUGGUGAAAAAGUUCAAAAGGCACCACGUUUGCUUUCUACAAAAAACACGAGCGUCGGCCGAAAUUGGAAUGACUGGGAUCCAUUAAAUGCUGUGAAAGUAGAGCCGGAAGAAGAGUCACAUACGAGUCGAAAUUGGAGUGUGCGUUACCGUGCCGGCAUUGAGAAUCGAAUAAAUGCACCACUCCCGGAGCCUACCAAAAAGGGUGAUUAUUGUUCGUUGCCAUGGAGUCGCGUGAAAGUAGAACCUGAGGAAGGGCCAGUUUCAUCUACAGAAUCAAGUCUGUACUGCAUAGAUUAUGUUGAAAGGCCAAGUAAUCGAGAAAACAUCUCGUGUUGUGAACAUUUAAAGGAAUUGCAACAGGGAGUACCUGAAAAAGUGACAGCAAAAUUGUCACGUAAAAACAAUGCAACUCUUGGUUACGAUGUGUUCAUAGAGAAUCCGAGAAAUGGCAUUCUCUCCUCAUCUUAUCAAUACAUUAACAACGAAUUGCCAUCAUCCGAAUCCAUCCACUCCGAAUACUGGCUUCCAAUUUUAAGUCGUAUCGAGGAUUGGCCGUACAUAAAAGAGGAAUUCCUGUCGUCCGUUGACCGAAUUUGUGCAGGAAUUCGUUUUUCCGGUUCUGAAGCGGAAAAGGUGUUUAAGGUGUGCGCAUCUCUGAUGAACACUGCCGUUGUGAAAAUAAUGAAAAAUGGCAGGAACGAAGCGGACAACGAUGCAUACAUCAACGGUUUUUUUUCAAUCUAUCGGAUCUUGAAGCAAUACGCUCAAGAUGAAAAAGAGUUAGUCGAAUCGUCGAACAGCGCUUUGACGAAUUUCAUGGCAUCAUCGUCGGCACGUAUUAAAAGAGCCGUUCCAAAUUUGGGCGAAUUUAUUAUGCAUCUGACGGUAUCGACACAGUGGACAUGGAAACAAAUCUCAAAUGUUUUCAUGGACGAAUUGGAUACAAGAAAUGUAUUCUGGUACUGCUUUGGCAAUCACAAUUCUCCACCGGCCCAUCCAGAGCUCAUCGACCUACAUCAGUACAGAUUUGAUCGUGAGGCCAAAGUAUUUCAUGCCACCACAAUCAGUCGCAAUUUGGUAAUGUUCCAAGUGAAAUUCGCGAACAUGACCAAAUCUAUGGAAUUUACCGAGUUCUGUACGAAUUUCGGCCGCGUACAAGAUAUUCUCACCGCCAAGCUAAAGAAUCUGUUUGGUACGGUGGUUGCGAUUAAGAAUUGGGAUCAAUUCUAUGAUUUUCUACAAAUGCCCCGAGUAAGUUUGGCGAAGCGUAACAGCGAUUUGGCUCGGGCUGUUACACGAUCGGCCGCUCAGGGUUAUCACAAACGGAAAUCAGGGGCAAUGAGCGCAGGAACCUGUAAAAAACGACGGAUGCGGUAGCAAAUUCAGUUUCUUACGAUUGAAGCCUAUAAACUGACAGGAUGACAGCAAUGCCCUCAGUUCAUUUUUUUGUGAAUUUUGAACUGUACGUUACAUGACUAUAU